AGUCAGACACUCCGUCGUCGUGAGCUCAGCUCGAACUUGACAUCUUUGCGAGCCGCAGUUCAAGAUGCUCAAACUUCGAGCGAGCCCAGCUCUCGUGGCGAUCUUUCAAACCGUGAACCUGAAUCUGCUAGUAUUCGGGCUGGGAUGCAUCUUUGGUUUGACUGGAGCAACGCUCAUCGAUCUCGGGCAUGUGUACUCCACUUCCUCGAAAACCGUUUCCUUCAUCAUCACCAGCCGGGGACUCGGAUCAAUCGCAUUCUGCCUCUUAGGCGGAACAAUCUACCAUUACUUCAACAUGCAACUCGUCAUGAUAGUGUCUCUGAUUGUGCUAGCGAUCGGAUUGGGAUUGACUCCCCUAUUGGGAAGUCUGACCACUUGCCACAUUUUCACUUUCUUCGUCGGGGGCGGCAUAGGACUUGUUGAGUCGGCGAUAAACUUCUGGAUUUUCGCUAUAUGGAAGGAGAGGAGUGGUCCCAUCUUCCAGUUCCUCAAUUUUUGCUUCGGUUUCGGGGGCGUCGUUGCGCCUUUCUUGGCGGCACCUUUCCUGACGACCGUCGAAAUCCCCGUCAAUGUCACCUUGAGUGAGCUCUCCGAUAUGGCCGUACCAUCCAUGGUGGGAGAAACCAAAGUCUUCGUACCCUACCUCAUUAUCGGAGGAGUUUUCGCCGGUAUCGCGGCUCUCUUCAUCGCCUCUUUCUUAAUGGACAAAUCGAACAUCGGUGUCAGCGACAGCGACGCCAACGAUUCCACUUGCUCUCGACAGUGGCAAUUGCUGAUGAUCGCGACCUUCUGCCUAUACGUCUUGACCAUCGUGAGUCAAGAGCAGACUUACGUUUCCAUGCUGGCGCUGUUCGUCGUUCAACACCUCGACUUCAGCAAAUCCAACAGUGUCUACAUCUCGGCGGCUUUCUGGAUCUUCUUCACGUCGAGUCGGGUUAUCGCAACGAUCGUCUCUUUGAAAAUGAGUCCUCGAAGUAUGCUAGUGACUUGUCACUUGCUCGUGUUCCUGGCGACCGGCGUCCUGUGCCUCCUGGUCGACUCGGCUUCGCAAGUGGUUUGGAUUUGUACCGCGAUCGUUGGUUUUGGAGUGUCCCCGAUGUUCCCGUCGGCGUUGACUCACGUGCUCCAGUACGUUCAUCUCAAUCAGAGCCAUUCAGCGUUGAUCAUGAUGUGCGUUUGUAUUGGGGGUAUGGUGCCCCCUAUACUGGUGGGUCCCUUCAUCGACGACAGGCCGAUUGCGUUCGUUUAUGUGAACUUCGCAAUCGCUCUUUUCUCGGCGACCGCCCUCGUGGUGUUGCUGAUUCUUCCGCGAGGGAAAAAGGUUCGGCCCUCCAUGGUGAAGAAUGAUGUGUCCGUAGAUGAAACUAAGAACGAAUUCGUUUCGUGAAUGUGGGCUCACUCAGCGACUAUUCAGUACGGUUCCUACCGCAAAAGUGUACAGCAAUCAGCUUAUUGUGAAGAUCGAGCAUCUGCUCUGGAUAUCUUGGGCGCCUGAAUCAGACCGGGAGCAGCUAACGAAAUCCUAUAGGCUAAUCAAAUGCGAU